AUGCACGUUCAAUCUCCGCCAUUCGUGGCUCUGGCCCACCUGGGGCUGCUCCUGGGAGCCUGUGCCAGCCCUGCACCCGAUCAUGCCCUGCAGCAAUUGAUGCGCAUCCCACCGAGUAAUCGCCAAGACGUGUUUGGUAGUCCUCCCCCCUUUAGCCCCGGACAUCGAGACCCCUUCGACCACAAGAUUGACUCGGUCGGCGAGGACCGUGAACCGCUACCGUUCCGUAAUGGCGACGGAGCGACCGUCCAGGGCCCACGAAACAAAGAUCGCGAGCGCCAGAACCCCGAUCUUGUUCGCCCUCCCAGCACUGACCAUGGCAGUAUGUCCAAUAUGCGAUGGAGCUUUGCCGACUCGCAUACGCGCAUCGAGGAAGGCGGAUGGACGCGCCAGACGACGAUCCGUGAAUUACCCACAAGUCGUGAGCUAGCAGGAGUGAACAUGCGCUUGGAUGAAGGCGUAAUCCGAGAACUGCACUGGCAUACCGAAGCUGAGUGGGCCUAUGUCCUCGCAGGUCGAGUUAGGGUCACUGCGCUCGAUCCUGAUGGAGGCAGCUUCAUGGAUGACCUUGAAGCUGGGGAUCUGUGGUACUUCCCAGCAGGACAUCCGCACUCCCUGCAGGGACUGAGUCCCAAUGGUACCGAAUUCCUUCUUAUCUUUGACGACGGCAAUUUCUCUGAAGAGUCUACCUUUAUACUCACGGACUGGAUGGCACAUACGUCAAAGUCAGUCCUAGCGGAAAAUUUCCGCCUGUCUCCUGAGAGAUUCAAGUCGAUUCCGACCUCGGAAAAGUACAUCUUCAAAGGAUCGAUUCCAGACAGUAUCGACAACGAGAAGCCGCCUGGCUUCCGUCAAUCCAAACUUCGCUUCACGCAUCACAUGCAUGCUCAGGACCCGAUUCAUACAUCCGGGGGCCGCGUGCGAAUCACAGACUCCACUAAUUUCCCCAUCUCAAAGACUGUGGCCGCAGCCCACUUGGAAAUUGAGCCCGGUGCACUUCGGGAGAUGCACUGGCACCCCAAUGCGGAUGAAUGGAGCUACUUCAAGAAAGGUCGUGCCCGAGUAACCAUCUUUGCCGCCGAGGGCAAUGCCCGCACAUUUGACUAUAUGGCUGGCGAUGUUGGCAUUGUUCCGCGCAAUAUGGGACACUUCAUUGAGAAUUUGAGUGAUGAUGAGCCACUGGAAGUACUCGAAAUAUUCCGUGCGGACAAGUUCCAGGAUUUCUCGCUAUUCCAGUGGCUGGGAGAGACGCCGAGACGGAUGGUUGCAGAGCACAUAUUUGCCUCGGACCCAGAAGCUGCGAAGGCUUUCUUGAAACAAAUUGAAGGCGCAGAGAAGGAUCCUAUUAAGAAUACUGGCUCUUAG